GUUCGUCGUCCUCCGUCCGGCCGUCCCACUCCAAAGCACGACGACCCAGAAACCGAGCGUCUCCGUCACGCACACGCCUCCGCCGUCCGCCCAAACUCCUUCCCCCCUGGGAAAGGAAUCUUCCAGGCCGAGGCGGCCUCCCCCUCCCCCCCACGCUCUGAUCUCGUCGCUGCGGCGGCGGGCGGCGGCCUCGUAGAGGGAGAUGGCCAGCCGGCGCGAGUCGCCCCUGAUGCGCGGCGGCGGCGGAGGAGGAGGAGGGCAGCCGCUGUCCCGUGGGUCCCGCAUCGCUGCCGCGGUUGUGGUCGGCGUCGCGCUAGGGUGCCUGUGCGCGUUCUUCUACCCCGACGGCUUCUUCUCCCGCGCCCCUGACUCCGCCAUCCAUUGGCCUCGCCGGGCUGACUCAGUUGCCUGUGAUACAUCUCGGGAAGUUGCCAACCUGAAGUCACAGCUGUUAUCAUUGGAAAGGAAAAAUGCUGAGUUUAGGAAGCAGAUCAAUGAACUAUCAAUGAAGCUUCAGUUGGCUGGACAAGGGGAAAACGAGGUCCUGUAUAAGGCUGGUCCAUUUGGUACAGUGAAGGCUCUGAGGACAAAUCCAACAGUUUCUCCUGACUUAUCCAUCAAUCCCAGAUUGGCAAAGAUAUUGGAACAGGUUGCUGUGAAGAAAGAACUCAUAGUUGCAUUGGCAAAUUCUAAUGUGAAAGAGAUGCUAGAGAUGUGGUUCACUAACAUCAAACGAGUUGGGAUUUCAAAUUAUUUAGUUGUUGCAUUGGAUGACAGCAUAGAGAACUUCUGCAAGUCCAAUGAUGUCCCAGUCUACCGUCGGGAUCCUGAUGAUGGCAUUGACAAUAUUGGAAAGACAGGUGGAAACCAUGCUGUUUCUGGACUCAAGUUCCGCAUAUUGAGGGAAUUUUUGCAGCUGGGGUACAGUGUUCUCCUCUCUGAUAUUGAUAUUAUUUUCUUCCAGAAUCCCUUUGAUCAUCUCUACAGAGAUUCUGAUGUAGAGUCCAUGAGUGAUGGCCACAACAAUAUGACGGCUUAUGGAUUCAAUGAUGUUUUUGAUGAGCCUUCAAUGGGUUGGGCAAGAUAUGCUCAUACAAUGCGUAUAUGGGUUUAUAAUUCUGGAUUCUUUUUCAUUAGGUCAACAAUUCCUUCAAUUGAGCUUCUAGAUAGAGUAGCUGGUCGCCUUUCUCGGGAGCCCAAAUCAUGGGACCAAGCAGUUUUCAACGAGGAGCUGUUUUUCCCCUCACAUCCUGGUUAUGAAGGUCUUCAUGCAUCCAAAAGGACCAUGGAUAUCUACCUCUUCAUGAACAGCAAAGUCCUCUUCAAGACUGUGAGGAAAGAUGCUCAUCUGCGGAAGUUGAAGCCGGUGAUUGUGCAUUUGAACUACCAUCCUGACAAGUCGGAUCGCAUGAAAGCAGUGAUUGAAUUUUAUGUUAAUGGGAAACAAAAUGCCCUUGAACAUUUCCCUGAUGGUUCAGAAUGAUAGACAGCAGCUUUUGUAGAACAGAAAAUGACAAACUUGUAGUAUCUAGUCGUUUUGAAGCUCUGAAUGAAAGCACAGGUUGUCUAAUACACAAUCCAUUGUCAUUUUAAAUCCUCUGUGCUUGAAAUGUCAACUUUCACUGAGCACCUAACUCGUACAGUUCUGUACUCUCAAGUAUUGGGAAGCUGCCAUCCCAUGCUUUACAGAUCAUGGCGUUUCAUACAAGCAUUACCAGUAAAAUAAGUUUCCGGACUGUGUUGCA